AUGGAUUUGGAGGUUAAGGGAGUACAGAAGAAGAGAGCGGUGUACGGACAACCUAAGAUCAAGUGGGGAGCUUUGACUAAGGGAAAGGCUCAAGAGUUGGGGGAGAAACAGUUGGCUAUGAGGGCCUGGAGGAGCAGUGGAAACGCGAGAAAAGUGGAAGCUAAGAAAGCGGCGUAUCUGAAGCUAGUGGGGAGCACGGACGAGGAAGAUCGAAGGUCAUGUAGGGAGUGCUAUAAGAAGGCAAGGAGAGAGAUGAAGCUCGCAGUUACGACGGCCAAGACUGCAGCUUUUGAAAGAUUGUAUGAGGAUCUUGAGGGCAAAGGAGGGGAUAGGAAGCUGUACAAGUUAGCCAAAAUUAGGGAGAGGAAGGCUCGGGACCUGAAUCGAGUGAGGUGCAUCAAAGACGAAGACGAUAAGGUAUUGGUGGAAGAGGCAUGUAUCAGACGUAGAUGGCAGGAGUACUUCCAUAGACUCUUGAACGAGGAGGGGGAUAGGAACAUAGUGCUGGGUGAGUUGGAAAACUCAGAGAGUCGGAGAGAUUUUGGGUUUUGUAGGCGUAUUAGUUGUGAGGAGGUUGAUGUGGCUAUACGGAAGAUGAGCAGGGGUAAGGCGACUGGGCCUGACGAGAUCCCAGUGAAAUUUUGGAAAGAAGCGGGUAGGGGGUAUCAAGCUGCUGAGUCACACUAUGAACGUUUGGAAGAGGGUGGUGGAGAAGAGAGUGAGGACAGGUGUAUCUAUAUUGGAGAACCAGUUCGGAUUUAUGCUGGGACGGUCAACCACAGAAGCCAUUCACCUUGUGAGAUGAUUGGUGGAGCAGUAUAG